GGCCCAUGGCUGAACCGAGUGGCGCAGCCGGAGCUGCACAGGGUGCUGCCAGUAGCAGUCCAGCCGAAUCUGCAGGUAUGCUUGCAGGUGGUGGGGUGGAGACAGAGCCGGAGACGAAGGCGACUGCGACAGCGGCAACAACUGCGUCGGUCGCCACAGCCGCGACAACCUCUGCAAUGGUAGGAGCAGCAGACAAGAACAACAAAAGCAACGAAGAGGAGAAAGUUCUUCCGCCCCCGAGUCUGGUCGACACGAAGCGGCUUGAAAAGGCGGCCGACGAGGCGGCACAGCGGGCCGAGCACGCCGCUAUGUGCCAGCUCGUCCGCGAGACGGUCCAGUCUGCGCUGCGCGGACCAUCGCGCGGAGUGGCCGAGGCUGCAACACGGCUGCUGGCCAAGGUUGAUGUUGUCAAGUUCCGCGGCGUGGUGGCGGCCGAGGUGCUGGUGCAUGCCGGUGUGAGGUCGCAGGGUAGGCGCGGGCAUGGGCCCCGAGGCGGGCUGGGCGACGGUGGCGGAUCAUCGUCGCCGGCUGCAUCACUGGGGACGGCGGCCAAGGCUGCAGCGCUUGUGGCCAUUCUCAACUCAAAGAUUCCUGCCCUGGGCGAGCUGGUCCUCAUCCGGGCUGCUGGAGGCUUCAACCAUGCGCUCGGGCGCAAGUCGUUCCGGCCUGCAGCAGCCUACGGCGGCAUCAUUGCGCAUCUGUUCCUGCAGGGCGUCGCCGGCGAGCUCCUCCUCCUCGAGGUUCUCACCAUGCUUAUUGAUGCCGAGCGCGAUGCUGGGUUUGGAGUCGCCAGCCGACUGCUCUGCGCCGCCGGCGGGCGACUGAUGGAGGUGGCCAGCGCGCCGACGGUGGCGUUGCUGGACACACUGCGCGACGCGCUGCAGGAGGGCUCGAUCCAGUCGGCACGGACGUGCAAAGAGGUCGAAAAGGUGCUGGGCAUCCAUCGCAGGGGCUUCCGCUUCACUGGGCCACACUCGGAGCUUGACUUUGUCCACGAGGACGACCAGAUCCCGCACAUUGAGCUCUCGCUGCUCGACGACGCCGAUCCACAGCACGAGCUCGACACCUUUGCUUACGACCCGGCGUACGCCGAGAACAAAGUCCGGUUUGUCGCCUUGCGCCGGGCCAUUCUCGGUCACGGCUACACCGAGUCGGGCUCGGGCUCGGGCUCAAGCGGCUCUGGCUCUGGCUCUGGCUCUGGCUCUGGCUCGUACUCGUACUCGGGUGGCAGAGCGCGCCAGACUGAGGAGAAGCCGCAGCUCGGGCUUGGGCGUGGGACCAAGACCCGGACCGAGGACUACACCGAGGACGAGCUGAAGCAGCGCAAAAAGGAGCUGUACAUGAUCGUGAUGUCGUCACUCUCGCACGAGGAGACUGCGCACAAGCUGCUGAAAGCCGGCAUCCACGGCGACGAGGAGCUUGUGGCCGGCCUGCUUGUGGAAGCGUGCGCGGAGAGGCGAACGUUCCACCGGUACUACGGCCUGCUUUGCGCGCAGCUCUGUCAAGUCUCGACCGAGCUGCACAAUGCGUUCGCCGCGGCGUUCUGCAAGGCGUACGACUCGAUCCACGAGCUGGACACUGUCCGGAUUCGCAACGUGGCCAAGCUGUUUGCGCACAUGCUGCGGACGCGUGCACUCUCGUGGACGGUCCUCCAGCAUGUCCGCAUCACCGCACUCGACACCAACCCGUCGUCGCGUAUCUUUGUCAAGUUCCUCUUCAUUGAGCUCUCCGAAACCAUGGGCCUUGCCGAGCUCAAGACGCGGCUGGCCGAGCCGGACGUGGCCGAAAGCCUUGUCAACGUCUUUCCGCGCGACGACCUCAAGCACACCCGGUUCGCUGUCAACUUUUUCAUCGCUAUCGGCCUCGGCAGCCUCACCGACGAUGUCCAAGCGUGGCUGGCGACCAAGCCGAAGCCUGUUCCGCGGCCUGAUGCCGCCACCGUCGCCCACGUCGCUCGCAUGACCGGCGUUGCCACCGGCGCGGGCUCAUACUCGCCAUACUACUCCGACUAUGGCUACUCGUAUCCAUACUCGGGCUACGGCUAUGGCUACUCGUAUCCGUACUCGAGCUACGGCUACUCGUACCCGCCGUACUCGGACUACUCGUAUCCGCCGUACUCGGACUACUCGUAUCCGCCGUACUCGGGCGAUGGCUACUCGGACGGCAAGAGCAAGAGCAAGAGCAAGAGCAAGGACAAGCGCAAGGACAAGCGGAAAGGCAAGCGUAAGGGUAAGGGCAAGAGCAAGGCCCAGAGCAAGGGUAAGGGCAAGCGUAAGGAGAAGAGCCGUGACAAGGGCAAGAGCCGUGACAAGGGCAAGGGCAGGGGCAAGGGUAAGGGCAAGGGUAAGGGCAAGGCCAAGGGUAAGGGCAAGGUCAAGAAGAGUCGUGCCGAUGAGACUUCAUUGUCGCGUAAGCGGCGUCGUAGUCUCUCGUCCGAUGCCCAGCAACCAACGACCGAGGCUGCAUCCGGGGCCGCGCCCGCUACGGCGUCCGAGGCUGCGCCCGCGGCUACGCCAGCGACUGCAUCCUCAGGUGAUGCGCCUCGGUCGGAUACGGCAGCUGAUCCUUCCACCUCUGAGCCUCCGGCCAAGCGAUCCCGCCACGCAUGAAGAUCCUGCAAUAGCCUGUAUAAACUACCAUGGCCAUG